AAAUAAUACAAAUGUAGCUUCAUUUUCUCGUGGCGUAACUAAUCAAACUAAAUGCAGCAGCCGGAAACUAAAGAGGAGAAACAUCAUCUGUGUGUAACGACAGCACACAGUGAAGGCAACAGAGCUUCCAAAGGCUACCGUGAGACGGCUUCAUCCCGAGCGAAACAGAGGCCGGUGUUUGGGGAUUUGUUUUUGGUGCCAGGACAAAAUGCUGAACCCGCAGAGGUCUCUGUCGGAGCUGCCGAAGACGUCGACGGCCAGUCAGGUGGAGCGCGUUGUGCUGGAGGAGGAGUUCAACUGGCUGCUUAAAGAAGAAGUGCACGCUGUCUUAAAGCAGCUCCAAGAUGUUCUCAAGGAGGCAUCCAGACGUUUCUCCAUGCCGACACCAGGCUUUGAAAAUCAGCUUAAACAGGAGAACUUCAUCCUUGGCAGCUCAACCAGCAUGGAUCAAGUGAAGGGCGUGCUGACUCUGCAGGGGGAAGUGCUGACUCAGGCUGAUAUCAACCUGAAGGUUGCAAAGAGCAGCCAAGUGUUGCACUUCCAGUUUAGAGAAGACAAGCAGUGGAAACUGCAACAGAUCCAAGAUGCCAGGAACCACGUGAACCAGGCUCUGCAGCUGCUGAGCAGCCGUGACGAGAGCUACCACUUCAAGUCUGGGGCUGAGGUUAACAAGCUCAUGGAUGGAGUGAUGCUGCAGCUUACACGAGCUCGAAACCGCCUCACUACCCCAGCCUCCAUGACGCUGCCUGAGCUGGCUGCCAGCGGUUUGAUGAAAAUGUUCUCUCCUCCCAUACCCGGGGAUGUCAUGGUCAACUUUUACAUCAACUUAAGCAAACUGUGUCUGACUGUGUACCAGCUCCACGUGCUGCCUCCUAACACCACCAAGAAUUUCAAGCCUGCUGGAAGCUCAGUGUUGCACAGCCCUGGAGCAAUGUUUGAGCUCAACAACAACCGGUUUGAGGUGAGCCAUGUUCACAAAGUUGAGUGUGUGGUGCCUUGGCUGAGUGACACGCUGGUGUUCUUCACCAUAUCCCUGCAGCUCUGUCAGCAGCUGAAGGACAAGAUAUCGGUUUUCUCCAGUUUCUGGAACUACAGACCUUUUUAAUCCUGCAGCCCGUCAUCCUCCAGGCUCCGCUCGGACUCAAACUUAGCACUCUGUUGUAAAGGAAGUGUUCAUUAUUUUAGGUAUUUGAAAUGCAGUGUGAUGUCAGAGCGCUAAAGCUCCGCCCCCAGUGAUGUUAGCCCAGAUAGCUGACAGUCCUGUCAGUGCGUCUCAGUACUGACGUGUGGAUUCAUAUCAUUUGGUUCACUUUAAUAGAAUUAUUUGUUACCCACACUCACAUUCCUAAUUGUAUUUAUUGAGUUGUUUUGUAGAACACUAAUUUUGUACUUCAAGUAAUUCAUCUUUUCUUGUACUUGCUCUGUCGCAGCAUUCUUACAUGGUGAUCGCUUUGAACGUUUCCUCAUAGUAAAGUCCUGCUUUACUACUGUAGUACUGGUACUGUAGUACUGUAGUACUGGUACACAGGUGGAUACCACAAGCCUGUGACUGUGCUGUAAAAUGCUCAGAGUAAAACAGUCUAAAUAAUGCCACUAACAGCGUCAUAUAUUCACUCUGCUGCAUAAUAUUAACCUCACACGUGCAGCAGUAAUGCUGUGUAACAUUGCCUGUGCGUUACUGUUAUGACGCACAUGGAAAAGGCAGUUUUAGUGGCAGCCAAGCACAUCAUUUGGAGUGGGAACAUGAGGAGGAGGAAUCUGUGAUGAAGGUAACAAUAGUUUUCUGUAUUUUUGAUGGAACUAAGAAAGUAAACAAAGGAGAAAGGUCUUUGAAGAAGCUCCUGUUCUGUUUCUCCUGCCGUAGCACCUUUUUAAUCUUCCCACAAGAAACAAACCACUCCACAGUUCAUACCAACAAACCUGCUCCACAGUGCGUCGAGGACAGGGCUCUGCCUCUGGAGGCUGUCAUCACUGUAGCAGGACCAGGUCAUUUGGGGUGUAAUGAGUUGCAGUUUGGACAUAGAUGUCAGCUGUUCAGCUCAUUUUACCUGUCACUAGCUGAUUGGUUGAUCUGUGUAUGUAGAUACUGAGAUGCCUGAAAUGCUUCUUCACAGAUCUGAGCGCUCUAAUUUAUCUUGUUUCCAGUUUUAUAUGGUGCACAAUCAAUAGAGGAAGUGUUUCUCUAGCUCUAGUACAACCUCUUCCUCCGACGAAUUAUUUCCCUCAUUCAGUAUGUGGGUGUGUGUGACACAGUACAGUAAGAAUCAAACAUUGUUGUAAUGGGUAAAAUAUCUGUUAGGAGUAAUAUCAAGGAUAUGCCACAGUCUCCCCCUGUGGUCUGCUUUAGAGAGAACCAUGCACGGCGUAUAUUUGCAUGUGUCAUGGCGCUCCUCCAGUCUCGUUUUGUUCAGAUUGUCGUGCACAGUCCUGAUGUGCUGGGUUUGUAGAAAGCUGCACACCGUCCUGAGCUCAGUACAGAUGGCAGCACGUUUGUUUCAGAACAGCAGAAGCUGUAAGAAAAGAACCUGACGAGCAGGAUGACCAUAAACACAUUUGUUGUGCAAACUGAUAAACAUGAACACAAACAUGGCACCCGCUGGAGCAGGGCCCUUUAUCCCCUUCAUCUCACAUUCCCUGUUUGGUACUACAUGAAUUUAUUUAAAUAAGCUACAUGUGACAUCAUCUGUUGCUGUUUGUAUUCGUUUUGUCUCGUGUUGAUUUUCUUUGAACCAAAUACUAUUGUAGACAUGAACAAAUGACUUCAUUCCACUAAGUAUUAAUGUAUUUAAAAGCCUGUCAUGUAAAAUGUGGAAUGUGUGCAAUUAAACUUUUGUCCUGUUGAACUCUCUCUUUGGUGAUCUGAAGAUACAUGUAAUAAAAAAGUCAUCACUAAA